UUCUUGAACUUUGCCUAUAAAUUGUGAGCAAGAGGUCAGGUCCUUAUUCAAUUUGAGUGUGUGAGCCACUAAUCAUAUAGAGUGUCCAUAAAUUCUAAGAUUUUAGAGAUGGGUUCCUUAUGGAUUGUCUUUGGUGCCAUAGUUGGUGUUCUUUUUAUCCUAAGAACCCUUCUCAAGAGUGUGAAUUGGUUGCUCUAUGAAGCAAAACUUGGUGCUAAGCAAUACUCUUUGCCACCAGGUGACAUGGGAUGGCCAAUUGUUGGUAAUAUGUGGUCUUUCCUAAGAGCAUUCAAGUCCAAUGACCCAGAUUCUUUCAUGGCCUCUUUUGUUAAAAGGUUUGGAAAAACAGGCAUAUACAAGGUAUUCAUGUUUGGAAACCCUAGUGUAGUGGUGACAACACCUGAAGCAUGCAAGAGAGUUUUAACAGAUGAUGAAAAAUUUGUACCUGGUUGGCCACAAUCAGCAGUUGAACUAAUUGGAGAAAAAUCAUUCAUCAAAAUGCCUUUUGAAGAACACAAACGACUUCGGCGUUUAACAUCUUCUUCAAUCAAUGGCUAUGAAGCACUUUCAGUGUAUUUAAAAAAAAUUGAAGAAGUUGUGAUUAGUUCAUUGGAGAAAUGGACUCAUAUGGGUGAAAUUGAGUUUUUAACUCAAAUGAGAAAACUUACUUUUAAAAUUAUUAUCCAUAUUUUCCUUGGUUCAGAAAGUGAUCAUGUUAUGGAGGCUUUAGAAAGAGAAUACACAGUUCUUAACCUUGGUGUUAGAGCAAUGAGAAUUAAUGUUCCUGGAUUUGCUUUCCAUAAGGCACUCAAGGCUAGGAAAAAUCUAGUGGCUAUAUUUCAAUCAAUUGUGGACAAGAGGAAAAAUGAAAAGAGGGAAAAAUUAUUACCUGGCCAAAAAGCCAAAGAUAUGAUGGAUGCUUUGGUAGAUGUUGUAGAUGAAAAUGGAAGAAAAUUGGGUGAUGAUGAAAUCAUUGAUAUCAUGUUGAUGUACUUGAAUGCUGGUCAUGAAUCUUCAGGGCAUGUAACCAUGUGGGCUACAUAUUUCCUACAAAGGCAUCCUGAAUUUUUCAAGAAGGCUAAGGAAGAACAAGAGGAAAUCUUAAGGAGAAGGCCUUCCACACAAAAAGGAUUGAAGCUAGAGGAUGUUAGAAAGAUGGAUUAUCUUUCUAAGGUGAUUGAUGAAACAUUGCGACUGAUUACAUUCUCAUUAGUCGUCUUUCGGGAGGCAACAUCUGAUGUCAAUAUCAAUGGUUACCUCAUUCCAAAAGGUUGGAGAGUUUUAGUUUGGUUCAGGUCGGUUCACCUUGACCCAGAAAUUUAUCCUAAGCCAUUCGAGUUCAAUCCUGAUAGAUGGGAAAGUGAGGUGCACAGAGCUGGAGAGUUCCUUCCAUUUGGAGUAGGAACUAGAUUGUGCCCUGGAAAUGAUCUUGCUAAGCUGGAAAUCUCAGUUUUCCUUCACCACUUUCUCCUCAACUAUGAGUUGGAACAAAUCAACCCAAAAUCUCCAGUGAGAUUCUUGCCACACACAAGGCCAAUGGACAAUUGCUUGGCAAGGAUCAAGAAACGUUCUUCAGUGUAAUCCUCAGAUGGAAAAAAGACGCAUUUGGAGACUUUACAUCAAAUAAUAAUAUCAAUGAAAAAAAAUAUAUGUAUUAGUUUCUUUAUUUUCCCUUUCUUUAUUUUCCCCUUUUUUGUGGAACAAUAUGUAUCAGUUUCUUAUUGCUAGCUAGUAUGUUGUACUAGUUUAUCCAUCUGCGCGAAUAAAAUUAUUUUUGAGGAA